UACUCCUUCUCCGAUCUCCGUUUUGUAGAUGUUUCGGUGCUGAUUUUGGUUUUAUUGUUUUUUGUCUUGUCCCUUGCAGAGAACGUGAGGGCACUGGACGAGGGGGACGGCCGCCUCGCCGACAAGGUUGGGGCCGUGAGGGACAGCGACGGCCUCGGCGCGCUGCACCUCGCCGCCGCCCGUGAGAAGCUGCCCGUUUGCCAUUAUCUUGUGGAGGAGCUCCGCGUGGAUGUUGAUGCCGUCGACAACAAAGGUGAAACGGCAUUGACAUUUGCGAUCAAUUGUGGGAAUGAGGACAUGGUGCGGUAUCUUCUUGAUCAUGGGGCUGAUACUGAAAAGAUCAACAACGAUGGACUUACUGCUCUCCAUUUUGCUGCUGGUGAAGGAAAGUGCAAAAUAGUUGAAAUUUUGCUGUCUAAAGGAGCUUAUAUUGAUUCGUUGACUACUGGUGGAACAGCACUGCACUGUGCUGCUUAUAAUGGGAGGGAUGCUGUUGUGAAGAUUUUAUUAGACCACCAUGCAGAUCACAAGAAGGUAUCUUGGGGUGCCUAUACACCUCUUUUUGUUGCUGUCGAGUCUGGCUCACUGAAAUGUCUGAAGCUCCUGAUUGAGGCUGGCGCAGAUGUGAAAGGAAUUGGUAAAGAAAUACCUUUAAUAACUGCUGCUUCUAAGGGCUUAACUGACAUCAUAAAGUGCUUACUUGAGGCUGGUGCAGACCCUAAUGUUCGUGACUGUUGGCAGGGGUUGCUGGCAUGCACCUGGGGGCCCGGGUUCAAUUCGAUUCUUGUCGAGCACGCUCCCCAGGAAUAUUUACUUCUUUCUUCUUAAAACCAUUUACACCAAGCCCUUCCUUGGUGUCCAACUUUGUUUUUGCUGGCCCGGCAAAAAAAAGAAACAAAAAAUGACAUUUUAAUCUUUCCACUUUGGGAAACUGAAUCAUUGUCAUGAAUGGACACACUCCCCUUAUUUAUUAACUAUAUCUGUCAAUCACAAUUCUCAAGUUACGCAUCUUGAAGUAUUGGCAUAAUUUUCUAAAUAUUGAUAAUUAUUUUGAAAGCCUGACAUGGCAAUCCAUGCAUGCAUUGAAUAUUUCAGCCAAUUUAUGAACAGCAUCGGAUCAUACAUUGAUACAAGCAAUUAUGCAGGUUUGGGUCCUUUGUAAUAGCGCAAGCGUGUAGCAAUGCUGCUCAUGUAGUUCUCUUACUGUAUGAGAACUACAUUCCAAACGCUCAGACAUUGGUCAUAUUGAUCCAAUAUCAGAGUUCUAACCUGUUGCAUGUAAUGGUUGUCCUCAACUAGUAGACCUUAGUGGCUUAGUUGUAUUGUUAUGUGAGAUGCACAAUCAUCAUCCUUAGAUAACUUUUAGUCAAGAUGUCUGUUUCAUGGUAGAUUUCACUUUUGUAAUAAUGCAAGAUGUAUACUAGGAUGAGACCUUGCUUGCGAUAAAUCUGUUGAUUCUGUUGAAUAAUGAUUCUGUUGGUGGCUCUAUAAAUCUGCAUAAUUUUCUCCAGCGAGCAGAGGUUUCACUUUCGAUUUCGCUGAAAAUUUUGGCCAUUUCGGUAGCACCGAAAUUCCUGAAAUUUCUGGAUUUUUCGGCACUUUUUGGACCAAAAUUAUUUGAAAUUUUAAUACAAUUUGACUGAAAUGGAAUAAGUUUUGACCAAACUCACAAAAAUUUAUGAAAAAACUGAAAAUUUUGGUUGAGAUAAUGACUUGCCAGUGGGGUCCGAAAUUACCGAUAUUUUGGAAAUUUCUGAAAUUUUGAACUGAAAUUGCAUUCACUGCCAGUGAGCUGAUAGUAGCAAGCAGCAUUUCCUCGGACACCUUUACAAUAUCAAUGCCUGACAUAUGUCAAUAUUUAUGCGUAAGACUUUCAGCUGUAUUUGUUUAGGAAAGCUCGCUUGACGUAAGAUUUCUUGUUUGAUUGUGUUGUCACUUAACAGCUUGGACACAUGCCUAUAGAAGUUGCUGCACGCUGCGGUGAGCGGAAAGCUAUUGAGAUCCUAUUUCCAGUCACUUCUCGUAUUCAGUCUGUGUCUGAUUGGACUGUUGAUGGAAUCAUUAAUCACGUAAAGUCACUACCUGAGGUGAAGGAGGAAGAUUUUUGUGAAGCUACGCUUGAUAUGGGAAAAUUCCAAGGCCGUGAAGCAGUCAAGAAUAAAGAUUAUCUUGGUGCCAUGAACAUUUAUACUGCGGCUAUUGCUCUCAAUCCUAGAGAUGCAUCUUUAUUCUCAAAUAGGAGCCUUUGUUGGCUUCACUUGGGUGAGGGGAAGAAGGCUUUGAUGGAUGCUGAAGCUUGCAGGAUGAUGCGACCAGACUGGCCGAAAGCUUGCUACCGUAAAGGAACUGCUCUAAUGUUACUGAAGGUGGGACAAAAUGUUCAAAUCAUCUUUUGAACAUUUUUUUUUGUUGUGGUAUUUCAAACAUUUUCUGAGAGAUCAUUUUUUAUGUUCCGAUAUUUAUGCAUUCAGGACUACAAAAAGGCAUGCAACUCAUUUCUGUUGGAUAAGUCUUUGUGGUCCUUGGUCGUGAUUCUUCUUUUUGCUUUUGGGUAGUUUCACCUUUUUCAGGACAGCAUCUACCCUUUAGCAUAUUUUUCAGUUGCU